AAAAAAAUAAAAAAAUAGCCAGCCUCAUUUUCCUUGUCCAUUUCCAGCUCAGAGUCUCACCGGCGAGAGGCUUUACCCUUACUCCACCCUUCGCCGGAUCAACCAUCACCCCGCUUCUUUUUCGCCGGAAACCUUGGCCUGAAGUGAAAACCCCAGACUCGUCUUGGUAUACCCUUCUUUUCUACUUGUCACAUCGAUCCAAAAUAUCGCCAUCAGCAUUAGUCUUCUUGUUCUCCAUAGCACUCACGCAAUCCACUUCAAAUUCGCUGUUUCAGAAAAGUUAUGGCGCUGUCAGCAUCGGACUUACCUACGAUGUACACAUUGCUCGCCAAUUCAUUGAGCGGUGACCAAACUGUGCGGGAGCCAGCCGAGGAUUCCCUCGCGCAAUCCGAGAGCCGGCCCGGUUUUUGUUCUUGCCUAAUGGAAGUAAUAACAGCGAAGGAUUUAGCAUCCCAGGCUGAUAUACGAUUAAUGGCAUCAGUAUAUUUCAAGAAUAGUAUAAGCCGGUAUUGGAGGAACAGGCGCGACUCCACGGGUAUAAGCAAUGAAGAGAAACUGCAUUUGAAGAAAAAAUUGCUGUCACAUUUGAGAGAAGAGAAUUAUCAGAUUGCUACUACAUUGGCUGUUAUCAUCUCAAAGAUCGCUCGUAUUGACUAUCCAAAGGAAUGGUCAGACCUCUUCUCUGUCUUAGCACAACAGCUACAAUCUGCUGAUAUUCUUUCUUCUCAUAGAAUAUUCAUGAUCCUUUUCCGGACAUUGAAGGAGUUGUCAACUAAACGUCUUACUUCAGACCAGAGGGCCUUCGCUGAGAUAGCGUCCCAAUUCUUAGAUUAUAGCUGGCACCUUUGGCAGAGUGAUGCACAGACAAUAUUGCACGGAUUUUCCAUGCUUGCUCAAAAUGCUUUUGAGUUGCAUCUUGAUGAUCUUUACCUAACAUGUGAAAGGUGGUUUCUGUGUUCAAAAAUUGUUCGUCAGUUGAUAGUCUCUGGUUUUCCAAGUGAUGCAAUGUCCAUACAGGAGGUGCGGCCAGUCAAGGAGAUAUCUACAGUCUUGUUGAAUGCCAUUCAGUCCUUUUUCCCACACUAUUCAUCUUUUCGAGAGAAACAUCCCAAAUUCUGGGAGUUCUUGAAGAAAGCAUGCACUAAAUUAAUGAAGAUUCUAAUUGCAAUUCAGUGCAGACAUCCUUAUUCUUUUGGUGACAAAAACGUCUGUGGUCCUGUCAUUGACUUUUGCAUAAAUAAGAUCACGAAUCCCGAACCAGAUAUGUUGUCAUUUGAAGAAUUUCAGAUACAGUGCAUGUCAAUGGUAAAGUCUCUUCUGGAAUGUAAAGAAUACAAGCCAUGCUUGACUGGCCGUGUUAUGGAUGACAACAGAAUCACCCCUGAGCAGAUGAAGAAAAACAUAUCUACUACAGUUUCUGGUGUCCUUGCGUCCCUUUUGCCUGGUGAACGAGUAGUGUUGUUGUGUAAUGUGCUAAUAAGGAGGUAUUUUGUUUUAACAACAAGUGAUUUAGAAGAGUGGUACCAGAACCCUGAGUCUUUUCAUCAUGAACAAGAUUCAGUUUUGUGGUCGGAGAGAUUAAGGCCAUGUGCUGAAGCCUUAUACAUCGUUUUGUUUGAGAAUCACAGCCAACUGCUAGGCCCUAUUGUGGUUUCCAUUCUUCAAGAGGCAAUGAAUGGUUGCCCUUCUUCUGUUAAUGAAAUGACUCCCGCACUGCUUCUCAAGGAUGCUGCUUAUGGUGCUGCUGCUUAUGUUUAUUAUGAGCUCUCAAAUUAUCUGAGCUUCAAAGACUGGUUCAAUGGUGCAUUAUCUCUUGAACUUACAAACGAUCAUCCAAACAUGCGAAUUAUUCACAGGAAAGUUGCAUUAAUUCUGGGGCAAUGGGUUUCGGAGAUUAAAGAUGACACCAGAAGACCAGUAUACUGUGCUUUAAUCAAAUUGCUUCAAGACAGAGACUUGUGCGUCAGGUUGGCAGCAUCACGAUCCUUGUAUUUCCAUAUUGAAGAUGCAAACUUCUCGGAACAAGAAUUUUUGGAUCUUCUUCCAGUGUGUUGGGAUUCUUGUUUCAAACUGGUGGAGGAAGUCCAGGAAUUCGACUCUAAGGUGCAAGUAUUGAAUACAAUCGCUAGUCUCAUUGCACGGGUUACUGAAGUUAUUCCGUAUGCAAACAAGUUGAUGCAGUUUUUCCAGAAGGGCUGGGAAGAAUCCUCUGGUGAGAGCCUUAUGCAGAUUCAGCUUCUGGCAGCACUCAGGAACUUUAUAGUUGCACUUGGUUAUCAAUCACCUAUCUGUUACAACAUUGUAGUCCCCAUUUUACAAAGUGGAAUCAGUGUAGAUAGCCCUGAUGAACUUUUGGAAGAUACCAUGCAGCUGUGGGAAGCCACUCUUUCUCAUGCUCCCUCAAUAAUGCCUCAGCUAUUAGGCCUUUUCCCAUGUCUGGUGGAAAUCUUGGAAAGAAGCUUUGAUCACUUGAAGAUGGCUGCCAGCAUCAUUGAAAGCUACAUAGUUUUGGGUGGAAUUGAAUUUCUCAAUAUGCACGCAUCUACUCUUGCAAAACUUCUAGAUUUGGUUGUUGGUAAUGUCAAUGACAGGGGGUUGCUUUCAAUUCUUCCACUUGUGGAUACUUUAGUUCAGUGUUUCCCGACUGAAGUGCCCCAAUUAAUUAGCACAACUAUACAGAAAUUAAUCUUCAUGUGCUUGACUGGAGGAGAUGAUCAUGAUCCUUCUAAAACAACUGUUAAAGCAUCUUCAGCAGCCAUACUAGCAAGGGUUUUAGUCAUGAACACUAACUACCUUGCGCAACUGACAUCAGAUCCAUCACUUUUAGCACUCUUACAGAAAACUGGAUUCCCAAGUGAAGAAAGCAUACUUCUUUGCCUGGUAGAUGUAUGGCUUGACAAGGUUGACAAUGUAAUUUCCACCCAGAGGAAGACACUUGGUUUGGCUCUUUCUAUAAUUUUAACUUUGAGAUUGCCUCAAGUACUUGAUAAACUCGAUCAGAUUCUAAGCGUAUGCACAAGUGUGAUAUUGGGUGGAAGUGAGGACUUAACUGAAGAAGAAUCAAGUAGUGAUAACAUGUACUCCAGCGGCUCACAAGUUCCUAGCAAAGAGUUGAGGAGGAGACAGAUCAAAUUCUCUGACCCAAUAAACCAGAUUUCCUUGGAGAACUCACUGAAGGAAAAUCUCCAAACAUGUGCUGCUCUUCAUGGGGAACAAUUUAAUGCUGCCAUUUCUAGAAUGCAUCCUGCAGCAUUUGGGCAAUUAAAACAGGCACUAAAAAUGCCAUAGGCUAGAGUCGUGUACGAUGGAGAGAGGAGUUAUAUUUAUUUGCACAUGAGCCAGUGAAAAGGGAAGGAAUAUGGCUUCUUUGACUUGCGGCUGAUGCUUCACACAUUCUUUGAUUUUCUUGAAACUCAAUUGUUUUUGGCCGAUCUUGAUUUCAUUUGUUGGGCAAUAUAUUGUGGUUUUUUUCCCUUUAUUUUUUAAAGAUAUUUUCCAGCACAACCAACAUUGUAAAUAGUUCAGCCCCUUCAUGGCAUAGUUUUUUAGGCAGAAGGGUGGUAGGUUUUGCUCGAUGUUGGCGAUCUUACCAAUAAAGGAAUGAGGUGUACAAAUUUCGUUUUCUGUUGUUAUACUAGGAAAUUAGUGGUGGUUUGAGAUUGAGAAUAGCUUUUUUUGCCAAGUAAUUUUGUGGACAUGUAGAACAUUUGUGACAUGUUUAAUGAGAUGGAUAGUACAAUAUUGAAGAUAUAAAAGAAAAAAUCAGCCUUGUGACA